AUGAGGAAACGAGUUGGCUCAGAUGGUAAAGCGUCUGCCUGUCGAAGUACAGAUCGUGGGUUGACAGUCCCACCCAGGCGGAUGACUGAACUCACUGAAGCCUGCGGUUGUGUGUUAAGUGUCCCUCUGCUGUUUCAUAUACGCAAGAACGUAACCGACCUAAAGGGCACCUUCGAAUGGGACUACACCCCCGCAGGGGAGUACGCCUUCUUACCCUGCCCUAAUAGGGGCUGGCUGGAGGAGUACUUCCCCACCGCCCCUCCCAUGAUGGUAGCCUACCGCCCCUGCUACCCACCCACGGUAAGAAAGGGGCUGAGGCAGCUGUUCUACGAGGGGGCUUUCUGGGGCGAGCCGGUGACCGACAUCUGUCGAUGGAGCUCGGAGACGACAUGGAUGCUGGACGACAUCCGCAAGGCGAUCAGGGAGGAAAUCUUGGAUAUGAUCCGCAACACUCCCAGCAACAACUUCAACAGUAACAACGUCACCCGAAUCAUCUACCACCUCCGUGAAGCCAGUCUCUUGAUCAACUCUGUCCCCACCGACUACCUCACCGAAGUCGACGUACUCAUGGUCGCCUCGGUGAUCGACACCUCCGUCAGCGCCGGCGUCGAGGGACUCUACACCGUCACCUCGGAGCUUGGGCAAGAGGUUGUCAACCUUGCCGACCGCAUCCUGGAUAUUUGA